UUGAGUUUUGUUUGAAUGGCUGAACGCAGAGAGGAACCGACUGUUUUUAACUUUUAGCAAUGUAGACAUGGCAGCAAAACUAAGCCUGUCGGGACCGUCGGAUUCAGACACGUCGUCUCCAAGCGAUCAGUCUGUGUCCGGCCGGAGCGUUAACAGAAGUCUGAGAAUUGCAGAAAAAGAGAGACGGAAAAACGAGGCGGAGGACCCAUUUGUUCUCGCCCUGAAGUAUUUCUCUGACGUUGAACCAGGCACUCCUGUAAAUGGGAAUGAUCAGUUGGAAAGGAACCUGGUAUGUGUGGAGAAGGUAGCCUACAGUAAAGGACUUCACCCAGAGGCCAUUUCAAUCAUGCUGGAGUUUGCUAUGAGCCUCCGUAUGGGAUCUUCUCCAUGUGUCCGGGUGCUGAAGUGCCUCAUUCCCUCCAGCGUGGUGCCACAGGAGGCCGUUGUUCGAGCAGUGGUUUGGCUGGGUAUUGGUAAAAUACCUAUCAGCACACAAGUUCUCUUCAUAAAAUGGGUGUUGACUGUUUUUGACAUGAUUGAUGCAAAGGACCAACUUCGUGCUAUCUAUGGGUUCAUCUUCAGCUUUGUCACAGAAGAAAAUCUGUGUCCUUUCAUCUGCCAUCUGUUGUACCUUUUGACCAGAAAAGAAAGUGUGCGAGUCUUCAGAGUUAGGAAGCUACUUGAGCUACAGUCUAAAGUGGGGAGGCAACCAUUUCUAAUGCACCUACUCUCACUUUACAAAGUGUUUUGUCCUGAACUGGUGACGCUUUCCAUUCCAUCCCCAAUGAAGAAUGCGUUUCGGAACCACAAUUCUCCCUGGAAAUCAGCAUUGUUAGCUGUUCAGAAAAGGAAUGGUUCCCAAGUUUCCUCCAGCAGUCUAUCCCUUACAGCUAAAGAUAAGACCAACUCUCGGAAAAGGAAACACUGCCACCUGGAAGUGCCCGCAUUGAACUCAGCAGUCAAUAAACAGGCUCAGACUGACUCAUGCUCCAGCAGAAAGGUGGUCCCCCUGGUGCAGAUUCACUCAUUUGCUCAGCUACUGGAAAAUAUGCACCGUAUAGAGCUGCCAGCUCAGAUGGGCUCACUACUGGGCUCCAGUCUGACACUACAGUUCCUGGACUGUGUGCAAGACGAGUCGGCCCUCCUACGCCUCAACUCCUGGCUGGGAUAUGCUCUUCAUGAAGAAUUUUUGUUCUGCAAUGAUGCCGGAUCCUUCCAGAAUUCAGAAGAAGCUCUGCAGUUUUUGGAGAAGUUGCUGUCCACGCUGCACUUUCGCCAGGAGGGCUUUUCCAGUAUAGAGGUUUUUCUCUAUAAAUUUCUUAAUGCAUGGGACGGAUCCCUCCUGAGGCCACAGAUCCUCGGUCUGAUGAGCAACAUUCCUGUCGUCACUAGUUCUCAAAUUGGGCAGUUUCUGUUCGAGCCCCUAAUGCAGCUCUUUUUCACUUCGUCAUUGUUUUUCAAGUGUGGACUGAUGGAGUGUCUAAACAACAUGCUGUUGAAAUGGCUGACCUGGCACUCUGUGUAUGCUCUGGAGGACGAUUUGGACAUCAGCCUCAACAGUCACACCUCCAUAAACAUUACCUUGUCAGGGUUCAAAGAUUCUGUGAUGGAGCUGGUUCACUUUGUGGGUCGCCUGGCCACUGUUGGCCUCCAGCUUGAGGGCUGCCACUCGCUCCUCCUCAGCUUCAUACUGGACUUCUAUGAGACGGUAUGCGACAUGUUUCUGAAAUACGGACUCCCUCUUGUGGUGAUGCCACCACCUGGAGUUUUUUACCCAGCGUUAUUUGCCGCUGACCCUGUCAGUGUGGACAGACUGGCCUACAUCAUGUACAGGUACAAGGUGAACUUGACAUCGGCUAAGAGGCAAGAAAAACUGAAAGAGCAGGCCUUUCACAUCAGCCGGCAGACGUUCCACGAGUUUAAUCACUACGUGGUUGUCAUGGUUAACUGCCUGUGGAACUCCAAAAUGUUUCACCAAGGCAUGGGCGUUCAGCUGGGAGAAGAGGUGCUUCUCAAGAGCAACGUACCGCAGUACUCGAACAGCUUCGACCUUAUCCACCAUCCUGCCUUCUUGAGCUACGCUGUCGACUUUCACCAGAAGUGUUGGCCAGGGAGAAAGGACAUGGACCUCAAUUCCAUAAAGCAUUCAAAGCCAUGGCGCUGGUACCUGGAGUAUCUGUUCACUCAGGGUUAUGAUGGCCUUAAACAGUUUGUUCAGAGUAACAUCAGCUGGCAGCCGAUAGCAGGAGACGGCGGGAGCGACGAUCUGGCCACACAACAGAGGUAGAUGCUAAACCCACUGGAGCGGAAAGACAACCACUUGCCCAGUUUUUAAAAGACUUGUACAAAUUUCAUCUCCUGUUUAAAGCAAGCCACGUGCUAGUGAUCUGUGUAUAUUAUUUCUGUAAAUAGGUUAGUUAUUUGCUUUUACUUAGUAGUUAGUCCAUUCAUUGAUGCAGAUGUGUCCUGGCAGCUAUUUGCCAGAAGCAGUGUCAGCAGCAGCAGGUUCCAGUGACAGUAGAGAAGAGAUUAUGUUAAUGGCAGAGAAAGCCUCAUUCAAUACAGAAACUUGGUCAUCCAUAGAAUAUGAUCAUUUGUAAGGUCUGUGGCCAAUCACAGCAAAGCGUUUUAACUACUAGGAAAACAUCAGUUGUAAAUUAUUUCCGCUCAUUUUCUUUGGUUGUUAUGCAUUAACCCACCUGGAACCCGCAACAAUGAAAAAGCAUCUUUUAGCCUUAUGUAUGUGUUUUGUCAUCAGUCUUGUACAGCUUGCCUUCUGCAAUUCCCAUUUCUCUUGUACAUUGUUAAAAAAUAAGUGUCAGAUUUUUUUUAAGCAAAUAAACUCAAACUGUUGUCUCACAACAUCAUACUGCAGAAUGCAACUAUUUACAGUGAACACUUAAAACUCUGUUGAUCUUUUGUUGUCGUGAAUUGUGCGUCUUUCAAGUGGCAUCAGUUGCUUGAGUAUCUGUUUUACAGAUAAGUAUUCACGUGUAAUGCAGUCUGUUGUUCCUCCAUCUGGAAAGUGGCAUUUUGCUUUAAUUGAGGAGCCCAUCUGGAUGUUUAAUGGGCCCUGGCUCCUCUGCGACUUUUGAUGCUACUGCUUGCCAAGUAUAUUCAGUGACCAGCUUUUUCUGUGAUGCACCAUCGUGACCCUGAACAUGUCAAAGAACAACUGUGUGUCUAUUUAUUUAUCAUGUGUCAUGUCCUGUUUUCUUGAUUUCAUUUGACUUACCUUUGCCAAUGAGGAUAUAUGAUCACUCCUGGUGGUUUGUCUUUCAGCGGGAUUGUGUGAAAAUGACAGCUUGGAUUUUCUUCAAAUUUAGUGAAAGGGUAGAGCUUAGGCCAACAACGAAGUCCUUAAAGUUUGGAACAGAUCCAUAAAAAAUAGGGUUUGG